AUUCCGUUACAGGCUCGGAGCAGUAUAAAAUGAAGCCUCAAUGCUAAAUCUGGGAACUACAAAAAUGCUAUCGAAGUGGAUAGCUUUCGGUUUGGUUCUGGGAAUUAUAUCCUAUGCAUCAGCGACAGCCCAAAGAAGUCCAUACAAUAAAAAUGAAGGUACAAAGGACUUACCCACAAAAACCGAUACAGUUACAGAUAAAUCUAAUAUUAAAGAUAACCAAGAAUCUGCCUCUGUAAAAGGUUCACCGGAUGGAGAUGGAAAAUCAAAUGACCCUGUCAAAAAAGACGAACCCGUCAAAAACGACCAAAAUAUACAAGCAGGAAGCAGGUCUAGUGAAGAGACUGGCGGUGAAAAUGGACCAUCAAAUGGACCAUCAAAUGGACAAACAGAGAGUAUCCAAUGUGAAAUGAUACCAUCACCUCACAUAAGAGCUUUUGAUGUAGACGAGCAAUCUGGAAGGAAAACAUUUUCAGAACCGUUUAAUGCCAUGAUGAGUCGAUCAAAGAAUGACAAAGAGAUAUUAAUGAAACUUAAGGCUUUAAUGACAAUGUUAGAGGAAUUUUUGAAAUCACUUCAUCCUUUAUCCACCAAGUGGGCUAUCCGGAAGCUUUUUAGGUCCUUAAACUUAGGUGACCAAAGGUUAUUAUUCAGAAUAAAGUCUUUGUUUCGAGUUGGUUCAGACGAGGAUUUUACAGCAAAAGAAUUUAACGAUUUUAUCAGUAUCAUAAGAACACUUGACAAAGAACCAAUGAAUGGCGCUGUAAAUCGGAUGAAUGACCAGAUGCUAAAAUUACUAUGUACAGAUCAUUUAAUCAAAUUUCCAUGUCUUUCUAUGUUUGCUGCACUAGAAGCAAUGAAAAGUAAAGAUGCUUCUUGUCUGCAGUUUGAUAAUGUUCCAAACAAAAUACAGUUUGAUUCACUGAAGAUUAAAUGGAACAAAUCACCCAAAGAUUGGCAAGCCGAUAAUUGGAAUGAGAUUAUACAUACAUACAUGGACGUAUUUGUUGAAUUCCACAUACUGCACCACCAGAUUCCAGACAAUAUUGUCCUGCAAAUGUGGCAACCGAUAUCAAUAAGAUGUGGAGACUUUCCAAAACCAUCGAAAAAAGUACUGUUUAAAAAAAUUAAGGGAGCUUAUGGGAAACUUACAAAAAAUAUGAAGGGUGAAUACAAAACUCCUGUGUUUCGUUUUAUCAAAAAGUGUGGAGGAGAUGCUUCAGAAUUUGCAACGAAAGAGGAGGAAAUAAACGAAUUCAAGCCAGGCGACAGUAAAAUUAUGUCUUCUCGGAAGCGAGCUGAAAUGGCUAGAAAUGUUCCAAAAGCGUUAGGUAAAAACCCUUCCGAAUUGACCACAGAGGAAAUUAUUCAGUACAUAGAACUUCUGAUGUCAAACAGACAUUUUCUAAAGCAGCUGAACUCAGAAAACCUAAAAUUGGCUAUAUGCAAGAUUGGCGAAAUGAAAGAUUUGAAAUUAAAGUCUGUUAUCAAAUUCAAACAAGUUAUGAUGGCGAAAAUUCCAGAGUAUAGGACAAUUAAUUCCUAUGAUAUAUCAAAAGUCCGAUGCCUACACCAUUUACUGGCAGGUUAUAAUCGUCAUCAAAUACGCAGAAUUCCAGAUAAUGUCAUUGCAGCCUCUAUCAAAGAUGGCAUUUUGAAAGACGUCAGGUUCAGAUGUUUUCCUGGGGAAUUAAAAGCGGGAGAGAUGAUGAACUUUGGAAUUAUGCUGAGAUGUUUUAGAGCCAAACACUGGAAAGAUAUUAAACCAGAGGAGUUUACUGAUGAAGUAAUUGAACAGCUAGCAACUGGAUACGAAAUGAGGAACAUAAAACCACGGAGAAAUCUGAUGAUAGCCAUCUUAGAUCUUGCAACACACAAAGAAGGUGCUAUGGAUAAGUUGGCUGCGACAUAUCUCGGUUCAUUCCUACCAGAAGGAGUAGGCAAAGGAUAUAUUAUUGCUAGACAACUUCAAAAUGGAAUGAAAACAAUCAUGGAAUGUACAUGUGAAGAGGCAAAGAUAUGCUGGAAUGAAUUAACAGAGAUAUUAGGACCUUUAUCAGAAUGGGAAACUUCAUUUAUUACAAAACUUGUUGGUUCUACGAUAUGGUAUGGAAUGGAUCUAGUGACUAUUGGAAGUAUUCCUGACAGCAUACUAUAUUCAUUUCCUCCUGAAGACCUGAUGUCUGCAAACUGCAGCUCUUUUAAACAGAUAGGACUCAUGUUCAGAAGAUCAAGAAUAUUUAGGGAGGAAGAAUCUUUCGACAGUAGUGCAUUGGUAGACCAAGAAACAGAAACAAAUCCAAUAAAGGGACUACAGUGGUUUUAUAAUGCUUCAAUGGCCGACUUAAGAAAGUAUAACGAGGAAACUCGGGAACAAAUCUGUGUAGAGUUAGGUGCAGUUGACAUUUCUCGAGUUUCAAUACAAGAUAUACGUGAGAAAAUACAGAUUUGUCCAUGGUGUACGCCAAGCGUUCUAACCAAUGAAAUAUUCGAAAAAUGUGGUACUUUAAUGUGUGGGUUGUCAAGAAGCCAAAUAAUGAAUAUUGAUGCAGAUGCUUUUAAGACGUAUGCGAAAGAUCUGUGUGAAAAAUGUCCAUGGAACACUGAACAUAAAAACGUCCUAAUCAGAGCAGGCAUGCAAUCAGAAGCAAUAAAUUCAUCUAUGCCGAGUUUCACAGAAGUAGAUAUUUGUACUUUAGGUACAUGCACCAAGUCUUUGUCAAAAGAGCUGCUGGAGUCUAUUCCACUUGAAAUGCUGUAUACCUCAAAUGAAUGUAUCACAGAGAGUAGUGAAAAGAAGAAAUCGAGAAUAUGCAAGAGCGUAAGACACGUGGAAUUAAGAAAGAUCUUACAGAUGAGGAGAAGACCAUGGAGAAAGAGGCGGAAAUCGACUAUAGCGGUGUACUGUUAAAAUCUGUAGAUCAGAUGCUUCAAGAUUCACUGUAUGGUACUAGUAGGAAGAAAAG